AUGACAAGAGAACUGUUCCAACUUGGUCCAACUCGAGAUUUUGAUGAAAUAUAUGUUUUCUAGUAGUUUUUCAACCCCAAACCCCGAAAUUCAAUAUUUUUGGAUUUUUUUUUCAAAAAAAUCUUACUGUUUCAAAAUUUUCUUAUAAUUUCAUUCCAAACAUUUUAUCAAUUUACACAUGUUGAUGACUCUAACAACAAAAAAUUGGGAAUUUCAAAAUUCAAGAAUAAAUAGAAAAAUUUCCCACGUGACCCAUUUAUUUCACCCACAUUUUUAAAUAUUUUUUUUUUCAAAAAUCAACUAUUAUUUCCAGAUUUCCGAUCUUCGAAAAUUCCUGGCUCCUCUUUUCAAAGCAUUGAUUGAAUUGUUAUUGCAACCAGGAGAAAAAGGAGUUGAAGCUAAGGUAUUGUUUUUUUUUUGUCUGGAAAUCUGAAAAUAUUGAACACUUUUCCAGGUUGGAUUAUAUCGAUCGGUUCGACUGAUUUUGAGAACUGUUUUCGAGCCAAAUUGUGCUGUUGAGGUAGGAAAACUGGAAAUUUUAAAUUUUGAAUGAAAAAUUUGGAAGAAAAUUGUAUUUCAGUCAAAAUAGAAAUUCUUUGCGUCAAAAAAAUAUCUUUCUCCAGAAACUCUAUGAAAAUCUGAAUUCUAACUCUACAUUUGAUCAAAAAUAUGAUUUUUGUACAAAAUAAAAAUCAAUAAUUUUCAGGCAGUUCACGAAGCUGAAGAUUGGUUAUUGGAUGGACACGAAACACCGUCUUCUUCGAAUUCUGAUCAAAUUGUUGAAGUUGUUGAUUUGAUGUCGGAUGAUAUUUCGAGACAUUUGGCAUCGAGUAUUUCAGAUUUGCCGAAACAUCGAAAAGUUAGUACAUUUUUUGGGAUGGGAGAAUUAGGGGAAAAAUCAUUCCGAAAAACGUUUACAAUCAAACUUUCCCUACUAAAAUAUCUUCAAAAAUCUACUGUUUCACUAAAAAAUCAUAAAAAUCGUAUGAAAAAAUUGAAUGCUCUAAAUAUAAAAUGA